AUGGAAGCAAAUGCACCCAUACCGGACAUCGAGGCGGGAGAGCUGGUAGUGGAGGGGGAGUUGGUGGCUCAGCAGCCGGCUUCCGAAACACCAGGACUGCCCAACGCUGAGUUGGAGAGCCCAGCAACAAUGCCGAAUAUGAUUCCGACAGCGCAACCGUCAUCUCAGCCACCAACACUGGUUCUUCAACCGCCUACACCUGCUGUCACUGCAACAGGUCGUCCCCAACGAACAAUCCGCCUUCCGGGACACUAUCGCGAGGAACUGCCGACCAAUCUGGCACCAGCAGACAACUUGCCUGCCACGGCGCUACGUCAGCCUGAGCCGGUGCCCCAGCGUCGUGUUCAUCUCAUUGUUCGUGACACAUUCCGAACAGCGGUGAAUAAGUUUGGGCUCUGGCGGUCGUAUCUACACCGUCCGACAUACGACCCCGACACCCUACUUGGUCUUGAUGAUCUCUGCAACUAUUUUGCUCCCGCGAAUGAAGCUGGCGGUUUCCCGCACCAGCCCGCCAAUCUUCCGGUCCCACCAAUUAAUCGUCUCAAUACCUCAGCCUCGCUGCUGCUGCUUGAUUGGCAGAACAACGGGCAUACCACCAAAUCGUCUGCGCAGUUAGAUUCACUGGUGUCGGAGGUGCUCUUGCAUCCCGAAUUCAAUACUGCUGAUCUUCGGGGCUUCAAAGCGGUGCAAGCAGAACGAGAAGUCGAGAAAGCUGCUGAGGAAGCAUUUCCGCUUUUGAAGCAAUUUCAGCAAGCUUCUGUCGACAUCGAGAUACCAUCUGGGUCAACGACUAUCCCGCCACAGAGAGUUGCGGUCCCAGGCCUAUGGUAUCGGAGCCUGACAUCCAUUGUCCGGGCGGCCUUCUCUGAUCCCUUAUCGCGACACUUUCACUUCUCGCCCUUCAAAUCGUUCCAUCGAGUUCCGAGCACUGGAGAGGAUGUUCGCGUAUUCAGCGAGCUCUAUAACUCUGAUGCCUUCAUUGACGAGCACGACAAGAUUCGACAACGUGGCGAGCUUCCACCAGACGCCCUCGAUUGCACUCUUGAGAAGACAGUUGCAGCACUAAUGUUUUGGUCGGACUCAACGCAUCUUGCAAAUUUCGGGACCGCCAAAUUAUGGCCAAUCUAUUUGCUUUUCGGAAACCUCUCCAAGUUUUUCCGUGAUAAGCCAGGCUUCGGUGCCGAGCAUCAUGUCGCUUAUAUUCCUUCGCUUCCGGACUCAGUUCAGGACUUCAUCUCUCAAUUCCAUGUCAAAUGGCAAACACAGAAGGAUGAUAUCAUGACACACUGCCGGAGAGAGCUUUUCCACGCAGUAUGGAAAUUCCUAUUAGAUGACGAAUUUCUUCACGCCUACCGAUAUGGAAUCGUUAUUCGAUGUGCUGAUGGGGUGGAGCGGCGGGUAUAUCCCCGUAUAUUUAUGUAUUCUGCAGAUUAUCCCGAAAAGAUAUUAUUGGCAACUAUCCGUCCCGGCUUGUGUCCCUGCCCUCGCUGUCUCAUUCCAAAGACUGAGAUGCAUCUCAUGGGCUUUGUUCGCGAUAUUAGUGUCCGUCUUGGUGCGAAUAUUCGGACAUAUCUUAGAUCAGCCGUCAGCAAUGCCCGAGACAAGAUCUAUCGACUCGCCAACGGUAUUGGAUCGAACAUGGUUGAAGCACUCCUCAAACCGACCUCAUCUGUGGCGACAAAGAAUGCAUUUAUCGAGCGGCUCGGAGAUGAUUUUGAUCUACAUCGAAUGCUCGUUGUCGACUUUAUGCACGAGUUCGAGCUUGGCGUCUGGAAGAACCUUUUCACACACCUUAUUCGAUUGCUUCAUGCACAGCAAAACGGAGUUGAGCUGGUAGCUGAGCUUAACAAGCGUUAUCGUAGCCUAGCAACAUUUGGUCUCGACACUAUCCGUCGCUUUCCGAACAACGCAUCUGAGAUGAAAAAGCUUGGUGCGCGAGAUUUCGAGGACCUUCUUCAAUGCGCAAUUCCCGUCUUCGAUGGUCUUUUCCCAGCAGAAGAUAACGCUCGUGUUCUCAAGCUGCUGUUCCGUCUGGGAGAGUGGCAUUCUUUCACAAAGCUUAGGAUGCAUACAGACCCUACGCUAGAGCACCUCCGUGUGUUGACUCCCGAAAUCGGUCGUCUGAUGAGAGACUUCAAGCGGACCACUUGUACUCGGUUUGCGACAUACGAGCUGCCACACGAAGCUAGUGCUCGUGACCGCAAGAGUGCCAGGGAUGCAGCUAAGCGCACAGCUGCCGGAACCGAAGCUCCUCCUUCUCAAGAUGCCACCGGGACAAGGAAACGCAGCAAGAAGCGCAAAGCUCUUAAUCUCAACACAUACAAAUAUCACGCAAUGCCCGAUUAUCCUUCCACCAUCCGUCUUUUCUCCACGACUGAUGUUUUUUCAACACGUCUGGGAGAGAGUCUACACCGCCUGGUGAAGCGUUUGUAUUCCGUUACCAGCAAGCGUGACCAUGAGUCGCAAAUCGCAAAACGGGUUCUACGUCUAGAGCGUGCUCGAUGGUCGCAAGCCGUCGACUACUACAAGGCUCGGAGUCAACCAAGAGCCAUUCCGAAUAAGCGUAACACAGCACCACGACGCAUGAAACGCACUGAACUUGUCUUUGCUGACCCAUUUGGAGCUAAAGCCUUGGAAGUCCACCACUGUAUCAGUCUUUCUCGGCGCAGACCAUUGAGUCUUUAUAAGGACUUCAGUCCCAAGGGUGGGGACCCAGCCAAGAAGUUUUUCAUUCCGCAUCUACAGGAUCAUAUUCUGGCUCGCUUGUUGAACCUUCCCUUUGAUGGUGAUGCCAAUCAUACUUUCUCUGAUGCUGAGCGCCGCACAGUUGAUAUCCAGGGCGACAAGAUAUAUGUGAACAAGCUAUUCCGUGUCAACUACACCACUUACGACGUGCGGCGAGAUCAAGAUGUCAUGAACUCAAGUGCCCUUCCAUUUGUCAUGGUCAAUUCUCCCAACGCCCAUCAACGCGGUGCUCAUCCAUAUUGGUAUGCUCAAGUUCUUGGCAUUCUUAAUGCAACCGUCUCCCGUGUCACUGCCACAGAUCGUACACGGCCAGUACGGAUGGAGUUCUUAUGGGUUCGUUGGUUAGGAGACCAGCCUGGAUACACCUCGGGACUUCGCGAAGGCCGUCUGCCUGUCAUGGGGUUCGUUCCCGACACCGAUCCAUAUGCAUUUGGCUUCCUGGACCCUGAGCAUGUUGUCCGUGGCGCCCACCUCAUGCCAGUAUUCCGCCGUGGCCGUACAUCAGAGCUCCUUCAAACCAAGUCAACGACCGCUGCCCGAUUCCCAAACGAGACAAGUGACUGGGAAGCUUUCUACGUUGGCAUUUUUGUCGAUCGUGACAUGGUGAUGCGAUACGUGGGUGGUGGGAUAGGACAUUUGGAUGCAGGGCAUGGUGAGCUCACAGUCGAGGAUCAGGAAGACGACCCCAACGAGAGUGUUGAGGGCAUUGCGGAAAACUCGGACUCGGAUGAUAACAUCAGCGGCUCUGACUCUGACGAGUCGCGGGAAUCUGACUAUGAUUCCGAUGAGAAGAUGGCAGAUUUCAAUGAGGAGGAGGAGAGUGAUUCUGAAAUGGAAGUAGAUUCUUGA